GGACGACACAGAUGACGAGCAAUAUGACCUGUUGGAGGCCAUCCGCAAGUGUAGAAAGGGUAUACGGCCCGUGAAAUUACCAAUUUGGGCAGAGCUCUGCUCCUCUUGGGAAAGCCUUGGCUGAUGAAGCGUUGCGGAUGGCUAGCAGUGGUACGCCGCAGCGGCGUCCCCUAGGCAGCAUAUUUCUUUCAAACUACGACUAUAAGGGAAACACUCGGGCAGCAUCCAGAACUCCAGACACUCUGCCUGCUUUGCGCCCCCGGGCAGAGGCGCGAACACAACCACCUGCUCGUCUCGCACUCGAGAACUCCAAGGAUAUCAGCAACCCAGGCAAGAGAUCACCACCCGUUGUCAUAAAUCGGGGACCGUUUCCAGGCAUUCCAGCCAUUACAGCCUCUCACCGUAUAGAGAAAAAACAAAGGCUUGAGGAGCCUCAACCCAAACUGGGUGGACAGGCGAUACACUUACAGAGCCAAACUAGCCCGCCAGUCAACCCCCCUAGCAGUACCACAGCGAGUACUUACGACAAAGAUAUUAUUGACGCUAUCAAGUAUCGUCCCGUCACCGCAGGCGACAAGGCGAGGGCCACGCUUGAGAAAAUAAAGGCCAAACAGGCCAAGCAAGCCACCUUACAGCAGCCGACUAUCGUUGGUUAUCUAACCACUUCUGCUUUGGAGACUGACGAGGCGCUGUUUCGGAAGAUCGCCUCCAAGCUCUCAGAACAAAAGACGACACAGAUCGUACCAAAUAUCCCCAGUGGUAGCAAACAGCGGGAGUCCAAUGGCUAUCACCUAGGCGACAUAAGCCAUCAACAACCGAAACUCCCUGCAGUUCCAGCGCCCGCACCACCGCCAGGCACUCACCAAGUCAACCUUCCAAAAUCUCGGAACAUAUUCCAACCUUCUCGUAAUACCACGCGCCAGGCUCCCAAGAAGCCCUCCGUCCCUCCCCCAGCUCCACCGGCCCCAGUUCCCUCUCGCAAGCAGUAUCCUAGCCCGACCCCUCUCUCCCAACCCAAACCCAAACCCCGAGCACACCUCCCACCCGUCAGACCGCACCCCUCAACCCUCCCCAAACCCCAACCGCAACCUAAACCUGGAUUCCAGGAGGCCAAGCCGCCAGCCAGCGUCUCAGCCAUCGAAGCCCUCGGCGAAGACCGCACCGUCUUCCAAUGGGUGGUGUACCGCACCAAGCGCUUCGUUCCGGGCCCACAAACCACAGCCGCCAGCAGCAGUAGCAGCACCAUCACCAAUCGGGCCCAGGCCAUCCGGGGCCAGACGAAACAACCGGCCGUCCGCUGCUCAUCCCACCUCUCGCUGCAGCAGGCCAACGCGCAGGCGGCGGCACGGCGGGAGCGCAUUCAGAAGGGCGCUGUCAGGAAGAGCUGGGCCAUGGUCUCCUCUCCGUUAUCUUCAUCAAAGGAAGAAGGGACAGGGGGGUUGCUGUACGAAGGCGAGGUGGGAUUUGAGGGCGGGGAGGUGCAGUUCUUUUGGGUUGAGGAGGAGGUCAUUGAUUUGGAGAGCGUGGUGCGCUUGGAUGGUAACGGUAAGAAUAAGAAAAAGGGGGUGAGGGUUGAUGUGGGUAAGGUUGGGAUAUAUAGGCGGUGGAGGUGGGAUGUUUGGUCGAAGGUUGUGUACAGUAAGUGGGGGUUGAUGGGGGGGAGGGGAGAAGAAGAAGAAGGGUGGUGGUAUUUGAAGGGGACGGGGAAGGGGAAGAAGAAGGGGAAGAAGGGGAAGAAGAAGGGGAAGAAGGGGAAGAAGAAGGGGAAGAAGGGGAAGAAGAAGGGGAAGAAGGGGAAGAAGAAGGGGGUAAGGAUGAAAAUACAGAAGCGGAGGCGGAGAACGAGUCGGAUGAAAGUGAGGACGCGGAAGGCGGACACAAAGAGCAUGAGCAAGACGGGGAAGAAGAAACGGACCGGCAACAGCAAGCUCGGCGCGAAUCCAGCGUUCUCAGCACGGAGACAGCCACCGCCCCUGCCCACAACACCCCCCUGGACCAGUUUGACUCGGCAGUCAAACUUCACGGCACGUACACGACCCUUCCCCAAGCCAACCAGGCCGCGCUGGCCACGUUUCUGGAGCUGGCAAGGCCCAAGAACAGCAGGAUCGAGGACAACCACUACUAUGAAUACACCGUCAAGGAGGGCUAUACUGAAGCAUUUAAAGAAGCAACGGCCGGCGAGAGCGGCUGUACAGUGGCGGUGGAACUUGAGUGGGACCCGCCGUUUGGGAACAGGUACCAUUGGGAGUUUCUAAGGCUUGUGGUGCAGGUUGUGGAAAGCAAGCUGACUGGGCCUGUUGAUAUUGGAGACAUGGUGGUCGCUGGUGACUGCGCAGGUAGCGGCGAUGAAGGCGACGACGAAGAUGGAGAUGGGAACGGAGAAGGAGCGAGGAGGAAGGGGAAAGGGUGCGG